AUGCCUGUUAUCACUAACGAAGUUAAGCUGCGAGUCUACCUAUCCAAAGUUCGCCCCAUCAUGAUGUACGGAUCGGAGACUUGGGCAGCACCGUCAGCGGUGAUAGAGAGGCUUGAUUACAUGGAAAGGAAAGUGCUUGAAGACCAAGAAAAUCGUCUUCGCUUGUCUUGUCAUGUGUUGAGGAAACGCCUCCUUCUAUAUGGUCUAGGGAUUCUCUUGGAUUCAAGCUAG